AUGUUGCCCACACUAAAAUAUCCAAUGCUUCUUCUGCCUGUGUUUCUUUCAAUGAAAAAAAACUCUUUUAUUACGAACGACUCCUUACAAAACGAGAUGUCAUCAGAAUGGGCAAGCUUGCCCCUUCUUCCACUGAGGUGUAUAUUGGAUCACCUGAGCACGGAGGAUGCUGUGGCAGCAAUGUCAGUCUGUCGCCAUUGGCGCAGCUCUGUUCUGCUUUAUGAAGGACAUAAAGAAACACUCAAACUGAGAGCAAAGCAACUCGACAAAUGCUUGUUCCUGACGCGGAUGUUCAGGAAAUACACGAACAAACUUCACAUCUAUUUAGAUUGCAACGAUGCGGAGCUUGACAAAUUCAUGAGCUAUGUGCUGCCACAAUUCUUCGACACACUGAAAUUAUACGAAUUAAUAUUCAUAGGACCAAGCCACUUACUUAUAGAACAUCCGAAUCUGCCUGUCGUCAAACUAAAGCGGAUAAUAACAGAAAGUUUGAUACACAAACAUGCGCACAGCCUCCAGAAAUUAGCAUUAUUGGGCUGUGAAAUGGGAGUUGUUAAGAAUGAAAAUGAUAGAUUCAUACACAAAAACGUUGAAUACUACUCGCGCCCGCUGUCUUUUGCCAAAGUUGCAGUAGCGGCGGAUGCUAUUCUGUCACGUUCAAAUAUUCUAGUGUAUUCCACAUUACAACACAUGAUAGUGGACUACGAACAAAUAAACAUUGACGCUUUAGAAACGCUCUCUGAGCUCUCCUCGUUCUCUCGUCUGACAUUGAACGUCAGGAACAAACGUCAAGUGACGUACAGUCCUAUAGACUGGGACCGAGUGGAUGCCUGCUACCCGAAUGGAUUGGAGGUUUCUGUUAAUAUUAUCGCUAUGCCUAUGAAGAGAAUGGACGAACUAAUUGAUAACGUAUUGCGCGAGGGUAUGGCGCUAACUUCUCUCAAAGUUAUGUAUUGUAAAACUUUGCAUCAACCAUUAUUGGAGCAUAUAGUACGAUUGUACAAAGAGACUUUAAGAGAAUUGGUUUGGGCAGACGCCCCUUACGAUUCCUACGACCCUUACAAUCGUAUAGUGAGAACUGGGCCUCCAGAUGAGUUCGGGAUUUGUAACGUGAAUCCAUUCAUACUGCUGUGUUGGCAAUGCACACAGUUGAGGCGACUUGUUAUACAUGGUUACUGGGUAUGGCAGUACGAUUUAGUAGGCUUCGCGCGUCUCCGCAAAUCGCUCGCGUCCGUGGAAGUGUCCGCGCUGUACACGCGACAGGGGCGCUGGCCCCCGGGCGCCGUGCGGGUGCUGUGCGCCGACGCCGCGCCACACACCGCGCCCCACUUCGUGCGGGAAAUGAACGAAUACACCGAGUUCAAAUGGUCCCCCACGCCGUGGAGUAAGCUGCACCCGGGGCUCCGCGCCAGGGCUUCGCCCGACCACCGCUCGCAGUACGUGCUGCAAGAAGCCCUGCAACCAUUGGAAGUUACGUAA